CACCAGGACAACGGGCGUUGCCGGCGCCUUGUGACUCCGGGCUGUGGGCGCGCUCGCGGCUCUUCGGCCAUGGUUUUCUCAAAUAAUGAUGAAGGUCUUAUUAACAAAAAGCUACCCAAAGAACUUCUCUUAAGAAUAUUUUCCUUCUUGGAUAUAGUAACUUUGUGCCGAUGUGCACAGAUUUCCAAGGCUUGGAACAUCUUAGCCCUGGAUGGAAGCAACUGGCAAAGAAUAGACCUUUUUAACUUUCAAACAGAUGUAGAGGGUCGAGUGGUGGAAAAUAUCUCAAAGCGAUGUGGUGGUUUCCUGAGGAAGCUCAGCUUGCGAGGCUGCAUUGGUGUCGGGGAUUCCUCCUUGAAGACCUUUGCGCAGAACUGCCGAAACAUUGAACAUUUAAACCUCAAUGGGUGCACAAAAAUCACUGACAGCACGUGUUAUAGCCUUAGCAGAUUCUGUUCCAAGCUGAAACAUCUGGAUCUGACCUCCUGUGUGUCCAUUACAAACAGCUCCUUAAAGGGGAUCAGUGAGGGCUGCCGAAACCUGGAGUACCUGAACCUCUCUUGGUGUGAUCAGAUCACGAAGGAUGGCAUUGAGGCACUGGUGCGAGGUUGUCGGGGCCUGAAAGCCCUGCUUCUGAGGGGCUGCACACAGCUAGAGGACGAAGCUCUGAAACACAUUCAGAGUUACUGCCAUGAGCUUGUGAGCCUCAAUCUACAGUCCUGCUCACGUAUUACGGAUGAAGGUGUGGUGCAGAUAUGCAGGGGCUGCCACCGGCUGCAGGCCCUCUGCCUUUCUGGCUGCAGCAACCUCACAGAUGCCUCUCUCACAGCCCUGGCUUUGAACUGCCCAAGACUUCAGAUUUUGGAGGCUGCCCGAUGUUCCCAUUUGACUGACGCAGGCUUUACACUUUUAGCUCGGAACUGCCAUGACCUGGAAAAGAUGGAUCUUGAGGAAUGCAUUCUGAUAACCGACAGCACGCUCAUCCAGCUCUCCAUUCACUGUCCUAAACUGCAAGCCCUGAGUCUGUCCCACUGUGAGCUCAUCACAGAUGAUGGGAUCCUGCACCUGAGCAACAGCACCUGUGGCCACGAGAGGCUGCGGGUACUGGAAUUGGACAACUGCCUCCUCAUCACCGACGUGGCCCUGGAACACCUGGAGAACUGCCGUGGCCUGGAGCGCCUUGAGCUCUACGACUGCCAGCAGGUUACCCGCGCAGGCAUCAAGCGGAUGCGGGCUCAGCUCCCUCAUGUCAAAGUCCAUGCCUACUUCGCUCCUGUCACCCCACCGACAGCAGUAGGAGGAAGUGGACAGCGACUAUGCAGGUGCUGUGUCAUUCUCUGACAGCAGCUGCCCGGGGCCCAAGGCAUGAGGAGGUGUCCCUUCCUCCAGAGAAGACCCACGUCUUCCUGACCUACUCCACUGUCACCCAAAUCUGUUGAUUCUUCAUUGGGAAAGGCAUUUACAGGUAAAAGACUUCUGUAGGGAUUGCAGUAACUCUGGUGAUAGUUUUCACCUUUAUUCUGCUGUGAUGCAAUCAAAUCAAAGCUUGUGUCAGUUGACACAUGGCAAGGGUGGUCUCAGUGCAGCCAGGACCACACAGGAGACCCCGAUCUUUUAAAAGGUGGGUGCCUUCCUAGGUACAAAAGUCCUGCCCUCGUCUUUGUCAGCAUCCCUCAAGACAGACCAUCAGUGUUAGCACAAAUUGAGCAGAAAAAACAAGCUGUUGCUUUUCUACUUGAUACUUAAGCCAGUGGCCUACUUUCACACCAAUUCCAUUUUGAUUAGCAGGACUUUUCCACUUUGAAGAUUAAACAGCAACUUUAUCAAAGUGAUUGUACUGCAAAUUCAUAAUGCCUGAUAGUUUUACAUGUAGAGCUUUAUGUGGAAGGCAAAUAGGUUUCCAUGAGACACCAAAGAAGCGAGCACUCUAAAUUGGAUGGAGCAGGGUCUUCACCUUUCUGUCAACUUGUCAUAUAUACUUUCGGGGACCAAAAACUAAACAAAAGCAACUCAGAGUUGUGUUGCCUGACUGGAAAUCAUAAGCUCUGGAGUGUGCUACAGCACAUAAUGCAUUUUCGUUAUAGGAGAAAGCUAAUCAUGUCAUCUCUCACAAAAUUUGGGGGACCUUAAAGAAGUAGACCUGAUUAAGGCUUAAAUUAUCUAUAAUAUAAUCAAUUAAAAAUAAUGAAUGGAUGCAUGUAGAAUGGGUCUGAUUGUUUUUCCAAGUUUAUUUUAAAAUCUUAGGAAUCAGGUUACACCAGAACUAUGUAAAAAUUUUACACACUUAAAACUCAGAUCAGUAAAGUGUUGGCACCUUUUAGACUCAUAGUAUAAAAAUGAAGAAACCAUUCCAAUGCUUAAGUCACUGGGUUUUUAUUGCUAUGAUCUUAUGGCAGACAAAUGUGAGCAAAACCAUUUUUGAAAUUCAUACCAUCCUAAUAUUAUCUAAAAUCUCAUAAGAUCUAGUUUCUGCUCUGUGCUGUUCACAUUUGUGAUCUGUAUUAAGAUUAGGAACCCAUCCCCACCUUCACUGUGAAUUUGUGUGUUAAUGGUCGCCAACCCUUCCCAGCAACCA